UUAUCGCGUUGAACAUCGAAUAGCAGGACGCGUUGUGUUUCCAUGUUUAAACACUGACAAACGAAAAUAAUUACUGCGCAUGCUCCCGCAUAUAUAAUUACCCAAGAAGAUUCCACUUUCCAGUAUAUUCUAAAAAUAAGCCUCCAGUUUACAAUUAGCAUUGUUUUCUUUUGAUGCGAAAAAAAAAAAAUCGAGGGACUUAAAAAAAAUUAUUUUCUUUUUUAGAAAAAACGGUUGGUAGGCAUACAAUUUUUUUUCCCACAUCAGCUUUAAAAACUUUUUGAGUCGUGGGGUCUGAAGGACGUUCGGUCGGGUGACCGGAAACUCAACAUUUUUUUUUAGGCCUUAAAUGGCCCUUGCAUAAAAAUGUAAUUAGAAAUAGAAUUGAAUGUUUCUUUUAGUAAUCAUAUAGGGGUGUUAAGUGUUGAUAGUGCAAACGUUUCUAGAAUGAAGUACCUAUUGCCGCUUUUAUGUUUGGUCCAGAGCUUGAUCAUGUUGAGUUGUAAUGUGUUAGCAAUUUUUAGAUCUGUUGUGAGGCCGUUUCCUGUUUGGUGAUGGUUUGAAAUUUAUCUACUCCAUGUACAGCAAAAAUUCACUGAAGUGAUUUUGAUGAUUGAGAUGAUUUUAAAUUUGAAAAUUAUUAUUUCAGAGACAUUCCACCAGAUAUGCUUCAUUGCAUAUACUUGGGAGAAGUUUCUAUACUUUUAAAAUGUAUGCUUAGCAGAUGCACUGAUCUUCAGAAGGAAAAUUUGCAGCUUGCAUUAAAUGCAGCCAACUGGAAGGGAUUCCACCAUAAAUGUGGUGAAAAAUUCAUAAAGUACCACAAAUCAAGCCAGGGGAAGGACUUCCGGUCAUUUGUACAACAUGCACCCUUUACAGUACAUCAUGCAGGAUUUAGUACAGAAAUAGUUAAACUUUGGUGUUUGUUGUCUGAGAUAGUGCAAUUGAGUAACAAGUUAGCCAUGCAAGAAUCUGAACUCUCCAGACUAGGAGACCUUCAAUACCAGUUUAAUCAACUCAUUUAUCAGCAGUUUCCAGAUACUUUGAAAAAGCAGAAAAUUCACCACUGCCUUCAUACUGAGGAACAAAUACGGCUGCACGGUGUACCUAUUGGUUAUACCACUGAGACUGGUGAAAGUUGGUGUGGAAUUGUGAAGCACUUGCAAUCGAUAACUAACCAUCACAAUGCCAAUAGAGAUACUGCAAUGAAGUUAGCUCAUAUUGAGGAAAUAUGCCAUAUAAUUGAUAAUGGUACAUGGAAGUCUAAUGGUAUAAGAGUUCAACCUGGAAAACAAACAGUUGACGAAAUAAACCAUCCACGUGUUCAAAGCUUUGUGAUGGGAAAUAAGAUUCAGAAAGAAAAUGAACAAAGUAUAGGUGUUAAAAGAUUAGAACUUGGGAACAGAACAGUAGAUAACAGAAUCAAAUUGAACAGUGGUGAUAUUGUUUAUUUUAGAUUAAACGAACAUAUAAGUUAUGGUCUAAUUCAUCAGAUAACAAGUUCUAAUGUUACUGUAGUGAUGAUGAAGGAGUUGGGGGAAGAUGCAGUAUUUAAAUGUUUAAAACUUGGUCUGACCACUACAAGACAAACAUUGCUGCACACACUUAUUGAGGGCACUUUGUUUGUAGCCCAUGACUGCAAAAAUGGAGGAUGUUGUGUGAUGGUGACAGAAAACUCUACAAGAAAAUUUCGCCACAAUAUGGAACAUCAAAUUUAUUUUGUAAAUAGAUUUAAAAUCCAUUUUAACUUUAAAGGUAUACUGCUUGAAUUUUGUAAGGAUAAAUGAUAAAGUAAUUUAUGUUGUGGAACAUAAGUGGAGUUGGGGGAAGAUGCAGUUUUUAAGUGUUUAAAAUUUGGUCUGACCACUACAAGAUAAACAUUGCUGCACACACUUAUUGAGGGCACUUUGUUUGUAGCCCAUGACUGCAAAAAUGGAGGAUGUUGUGUAAUGGUGACAGAAAACUCUACGAGAAAAUUUCGUCACAAUCAAGAACAUCAAAUAUAUUUUGUAAAUAGAUUCAAAAUCCAUUUCAACUUUAAAGGUAUACUGCUUGAAUUUUGUAAGGAUAAAUGAUAAAGUAAUGGAGGAUGUUGUGUAAUGUAUGGGUUGAAAUCUCUAAUGGACCUUGGGAUAAGAAGCAGAAUAUGAAUCUAAUUAAACUAUUAGUCUGCCAUAAAAUUGUGGAUGGUGCUUUUUUUUAAAAUUGAAUAUAAUUGAACUAGAAGAACUGUAUUAGAAGGCUUUUGUGCCAAUAAAAGAAAUGGGACCAGUCAUGUGAAAAUGUCUCAGCUUGAAUUAAGGCGACAUACAUAUGCAAGUUUACAUAUGUACAGAAGCAAAGAAAAGACUGCAAUAACUUAACCUUAAAUCGAUUGUAUAUUUUGACCCAUAUGUACUGAUUAAAAGUGAUUAGGACUAUAUAUUAAAGACAUAAAACAAUGGAGUUAUUACCAGUUUGAAAAGAACUGAAUUACCACAGAAACAUUUUAUGAGGAUAGGGAUCACACCACAUGAAAAUUUAUUCGUUAUAGAAAUUGUAUUCACACUUAGCAUUUUCUGGGCUGAAAAAUGUGUGUUUUAGUGUGCAACAGAUUUAUGGAUUAUUUCUUCUUGUAAACUUGAGAAAAUCCAGGUUUGCUGACGUUUUGAAAAUGUGUAAUGAUAUUGAUUGUGAAGAGAUACAGCUAACAGUAAGACUUCAACAUAGAAUUGGAAAGACAACAUAAAUACAGAUUGAUUCAGAAUAUGAUACAGAGGAUUGCAUCAAAAUAAUACUACACAUCAAAGCUAUGGAUUAAAACAUUGGUCAAUAUUCCUAGUUUUACUCAAGAUUAGAAUAUAAUUAAUCAUGUUUUAAGUAGUGACUGUAUUUAACCAAUUGUUCUCAUUUAGAUGAAUUAGAAUGUAGCAAAAACUGCAAACAAUGUAUUGACAAGAUUGAUAAGAACUGAAUUUCCUAAUAUUUUUUUGUGGAAAUAAAAUUAAACAUUUAAUAUUGUUAGGCCAAAAAUGUCAAGGAUUUGAAGCAAGAUAUUAUACUUAUGGUAAAAAUGAUGAGGAAUAGAAGCAGUAAAUGAUUAUUGUAGCUUACAAUAAAAAAAAAUGCAUAUUGACAUUAAUCAUUGUUAUUGCAAUGAACAAAUAUUUGGCAGAUUCCAUCAGGUAAUCUAUGAAUAAUGAUGUUAGAUGAAAUUAUAAAAAGUUUUGUUUUAUGAUUGUUUCAAGAAGAAAUGUUUAAAACAAGUUGAUAAGAUGCAAAAUAUAUAUUUGAAAUAAUUAACUUUUUAAUUCACAAGGUUUAUAUGUGCUUGUAAAAUGGUCGCAUUGGCUUUCAAUGGUUUACUUUUAUAAAUUAUUAUUUGGAUGGAGAGUUGUCUCAUUGGCACUCACACCACAUCUUCCUAUAUCUAUUGUAUAAUGGUAUUACACAAUGUACUAGUUCGUAUAGUUAUUCCAACAUCCCUGUUCCCAUAUAUGUUAUAAUUUGUUUUCGCUUUCAAAUAUCUUGCUUUAUAGCUCUGUGUUUGUCAAUUAAUAUCAUGUAAGGAUCAUCUUUGUAAAAAAUUUCAGCAAUAUUGUUGAUUCAAAUAUAUAAUGUUGACAAUUGAUGUUAUGGGACAUACACACAAGCAUAGACGGCAUAUUAUAGAUUUUAAUUACAUGUUUUAACGUUGUUUUCUGUCAGUGUCAUUAGAAUGGAGAUAACAAUAUUGUAUUUUAAGCUCCGACAUCAUCAGUAAACUUAAUUUGCUACCAUCAAAUCCCCAAUCAAUACCUAAGCUUAAAAUGAAAUACAGUUAUCUCCUAAAUCUUAUGUUCUAAUGUCUGAAACAUUUGAGUAUGCUAGUUAAGAACUUAAGAGUUAAUCUUAUUAUAUGUUUAACUUUUGAAAAUGACUUGACUAGGAUCCGAUUUCCAAUGACAAUGUCAGUUAAACCAAAACAAAUAUAUAUUGUCUGUCAAUUUAUAACAAAAAAUAUUUUAAACAUCAUUUUUUCUUUUUAACCUGUGAUUUAUGCUAAUUUUAGUAUUGGAGUUGUUUUACUUUCUUAGAUUCCUAAUCCACUUUCUGUUUUUGUUUUUUGGUAAAAACUUUUUUGUGGUUUUCAAUACCUAAACAUAAAUUUUGCAAGGGGCAGGGGUAUACUGUUGUUUUUGUCCAUCUGAUGAGAUUAGCCUUUUUCAUUUGUCCAUCUGAUGAGUUAAGCCUUUUUCAUCUGAUUUUAAUAGUUCGUCGUUAUACCACUGUCCAAGGUUAGGGGGAAGGUUGGGAUCCCGCUAACAUGUGAAACCCUGCCACAUUAUUUAUGUAUGUGCCUGUCCCAAGUCAGGAGCCUGUAAUACAGUGGUUGUCGUUUGUUUGUGUUACAUAUUUGUUUUCCGUUCAUUUUUUUUUUAUAUAAAUGAGGCUGUAAGUU